UCUGCUUUCCAUAUCCACAGGCGCUCGGGAAAGCUGUUGCUUUGGUCUCCGGCUGGAGCCUGAGGACGCGGGGAGGGUUCGUCUGUAGGAGACUCCAGGCUGUGGGCAACGCCAUGGCCGCUGUGCUAAGCAAGGACGUGGUGGACAUCGAGAGUAUCCUGGCUUUAAAUCCUCGAACACAAUCUCAUGCAACUCUCCAUUCCACUUUGGCCAAGAAAUUAGCCAAGAAACAUUGGAAAAGAAAUCCUGAUAAGAACUGCUUUAAUUGUGAGAAGCUGGAGAAUAAUUUUGAUGACAUCAAGCACACGACUCUUGGUGAGCGAGGAGCUCUCCGAGAAGCAAUGAGAUGCCUGAAAUGUGCAGAUGCCCCCUGUCAGAAGAGCUGUCCAACUAAUCUAGAUGUUAAAUCGUUCAUCACAAGUAUCUCAAACAAGAACUAUUAUGGAGCUGCUAAGAUGAUUUUUUCUGAUAACCCACUUGGUCUGACCUGUGGAAUGGUAUGUCCAACUUCUGAUCUUUGUGUAGGUGGAUGCAAUUUAUAUGCCACUGAAGAGGGACCAAUUAAUAUUGGUGGAUUGCAACAGUUUGCUACUGAGGUGUUCAAAGCAAUGAAUAUCCCACAAAUCAGGAAUCAUUUUCUGCCUCCCCCAGAAAAAAUGCCUGAAGCCUAUUCUGCAAAGAUUGCUCUUUUGGGUGCUGGGCCUGCAAGUAUAAGUUGUGCUUCCUUCUUGGCUCGAUUAGGCUACUCUGACAUCACUAUAUUUGAAAAACAAGAAUACGUUGGUGGUUUAAGUAUUUCUGAAAUCCCUCAGUUCCGGCUACCAUAUGAUGUAGUAAAUUUUGAGAUUGAGCUUAUGAAGGACCUUGGUGUAAAGAUAAUUUGUGGUAAAAGCCUCUCAGUGAAUGAAAUUACUCUUAGCACUUUGAAAGAAGAAGGGUACAAAGCUGCUUUCAUUGGGAUAGGUUUGCCAGAACCCAAAAAGGAUCACAUCUUCCAAGGCCUGACACAGGACCAGGGGUUUUAUACAUCCAAAGACUUUCUGCCACUUGUAGCCAAAAGCAGUAAAGCAGGAAUGUGUGCCUGUCACUCUCCAUUGCCAUCGAUACGGGGAGCCGUGAUUGUACUUGGAGCUGGAGACACAGCUUUCGACUGUGCAACAUCCGCUUUACGUUGUGGAGCCCGCCGAGUGUUCAUCGUCUUCAGAAAAGGCUUUGUUCAUAUAAGAGCUGUCCCUGAGGAGAUGGAGCUUGCGAAGGAAGAAAAAUGUGAAUUUUUGCCUUUCCUGUCCCCACGGAAGGUUAUAGUAAAAGGCGGGAGAAUUGUUGCUGUGCAGUUUGUUCGGACAGAGCAAGAUGAAACUGGAAAAUGGAAUGAAGAUGAAGAUCAGAUAGUCCGUCUGAAAGCCGAUGUGGUCAUCAGUGCCUUUGGCUCAGUUCUGAGUGAUCCUAAAGUAAAAGAAGCCUUGAGCCCUAUAAAAUUUAACAGAUGGGAUCUCCCAGAAGUAGAUCCAGAAACUAUGCAAACCAGUGAACCAUGGGUGUUUGCAGGUGGUGAUGUUGUUGGUAUGGCUAACACUACAGUGGAAUCCGUGAAUGAUGGAAAGCAAGCCUCUUGGUACAUUCACAAAUAUAUACAGUCACAAUAUGGAGCUUCAGUUUCUGCCACGCCUGAGCUACCCCUCUUUUAUACUCCUAUUGAUCUGGUGGACAUUAGUGUGGAAAUGGCUGGAUUGAAGUUCACAAAUCCUUUUGGUCUUGCCAGUGCGACUCCAGCUACCAGUUCAUCCAUGAUUCGUAGAGCUUUUGAAGCUGGAUGGGGCUUUGCUCUGACCAAAACUUUCUCUCUUGAUAAGGACAUAGUGACAAAUGUUUCACCCAGAAUCAUCCGGGGAACCACCUCUGGCCCCAUGUAUGGCCCUGGACAAAGCUCCUUCCUGAAUAUUGAGCUCAUCAGUGAAAAAACGGCUGCAUAUUGGUGUCAAAGUGUCACUGAACUAAAAGCUGACUUUCCAGACAAUAUUGUGAUUGCUAGCAUCAUGUGCAGUUACAACAAAAAUGACUGGAUGGAACUCUCCAGAAAGGCUGAGGCUUCUGGAGCAGAUGCCCUGGAGUUAAAUUUAUCGUGUCCACAUGGCAUGGGAGAAAGAGGAAUGGGCCUGGCUUGCGGGCAGGAUCCUAGGCUGGUGCGAAACAUCUGUCGUUUUAGGCAAGCUGUUCAGAUUCCUUUUUUUGCCAAGUACCCAAAUGUCACUGAUAUCGUAAGCAUCGCCAGAGCUGCAAAGGAAGGUGGCGCAGACGGUGUUACAGCCACCAACACGGUUCUCAGGUCUCAUGGGAUUAAAGCCGAUGGCACACCCUGGCCAGCAGUGGGCACUGGGAAACGGACUACGUACGGAGGAGUGUCCGGCACAGCCAUCAGACCUAUUGCUUUGAGAGCUGUGACCACCAUUGCUCACGCUUUGCCUGGAUUUCCCAUUUUGGCCACUGGUGGAAUUGACUCAGCUGAAAGUGGUCUUCAGUUUCUCCACAGUGGUGCUUCGGUCCUCCAGGUAUGCAGUGCUGUUCAGAAUCAGGAUUUCACUGUCAUUCAAGACUACUGCACUGGCCUCAAAGCCUUGCUUUAUCUGAAAAGCAUUGAAGAGCUACAAGACUGGGACGGGCAGAGUCCAGCCACCGAGAGUCACCAGAAAGGGAAACCAGUUCCUCGCAUUGCUGAACUCGUGGGAAAGAAACUGCCAAGUUUUGGACCUUAUCUUGAGCAGCGCAAGAAAAUCAUAGCAGAGGAAAAGAUUAGACUGAAAGAACAAAAUGCAACUUUUCCACCACUUGAGAGAAACCAUUUUAUCCCCAAAAAGCCUAUUCCCACUAUUAAGGAUGUGAUUGGAAAAGCGUUGCAGUACCUUGGAACAUUUGGUGAACUGAGCAACUUCGAGCAAGUUGUGGCUGUGAUUGAUGAAGAAAUGUGUAUCAGUUGUGGCAAAUGCUACAUGACCUGUAAUGACUCUGGCUACCAGGCUAUCCAGUUUGAUCCUGAAACCCACCUGCCCACCAUUACUGACACUUGUACAGGCUGUACCCUGUGUCUCUCCGUCUGCCCUAUUAUCGACUGCAUCAGAAUGGUUUCCAGGACAACACCUUAUGAACCAAAGAGAGGCUUGCCCUUGGCUGUGAAUCCCGUGUGUUAAGGUGAUUUGUGAAACAGUUGCUGUGGACCUUGAGGUCACCUACUUAUGCUGAUCUUUUUAAUUGUGAUUAUUAUGCUCAGCUCUUUCUAAAUUCAAACAAAUAUAUAAUUUCGAAAUAAAAAAAGAUAAUUUCUAAAGAAAUUUCUAAAUUUUAAAAAUGGCUACUGCCAGUGACCAUUCAAUUAAUGGUCAUAAAAUAGAAUAAUUCUUUUUUGAGGAGAGUUGUUAAAUGUAACUGUGUAGCAGUUAAUUGGAUGUUCACCAUCAGUUGUCCAUUAUGAAAAAUAUUAGCAGUUUUGUGGCAAUUAAUGCUACAGUUUCCAAAUUGCCCUAUGCUGGGCUCUGUCUUUGAUUUCUAAUUGUAAAAGAAGUAAGUAUUUUAGAACAAAGUACAAUUUAACCUAUGAGCAAAUGUUUCCAAGGAAACAUUUUAUAAUUAAAAAUUACAUUUAAUUUUAACUCUAUUUCUAAGCAAAGGUAAUUAGCUCCAUAAAGCUGCAAUGAAGUCAAAUAAUAAUUUACUGUGGCAGGAAAAGAAAGCCAGCAAGGGUUUGGGAAACUUUUUUAAGGCCACUUCACUGAAAUAACUUCUUUUUGGUGCUGGAUACUGAAGGGGAGAGUAUUUAGUAACCAUUCAUAUCACGCUGUGCUAUUCAUCACUCACUCCUGAGAUGGGUGUCCAAACGCCACCAAUGAAUCUACAUGACAUUCUUCUUUAAAUAUUUAAACUAUGUUCCUAACAAAGUAAGACGCGUUAGGACGGAACUCUGGUUAAAACCACUCUUUUGCUGUGCACAGAUCUGUUCUAUCUGCUUCUAAUAGUAACCUUCAUGAUUACAGCAGUUAAUGUUUGAACACAACCCAGAUUAUACAAGAGUGGGUCAUGUGCUUCAUUUUUCAAGAAUGAAAAAUAUAGUAUUGGAAAUAUAUAUUAAAUGUGUGAUACCACUUUACCAACUCUUUAUUUUAGUGUUUAUGUUGAAUUUCCAAAGUAAUUAAAUAAAAAAGAAAUAUUUUCUGUUAUUGCCAAAUAAUAUUUUCGUAUUUCUCUAUUUUCAUAAUCAGCAAAUAGCAUCCUAUAAAUCAGUUUAUCUCUUCUUUGUGGCAUAUUUUAAUAUGAAUCCAUAAGUAGUAAAUCUUUAUGUAAUCACCUGUGGCAUAUUUCUAUGACAAAUGCAAGAUCAAGAAAAAUUAAAUGUUUGAUUAUGCACUUUUAGAAAUGCACAUUUACCAUAAAAUCUGUAUGAUUGAAUAAUACCAAAUAAAAUUUUAUAAAGCA